AUGGAGUUAGGUACCAAUAAAUGGUAUCAUAACGCAGAUAAAUUGAAUCUGAACAUUCCAAGUGUUGGUGGAGAAGAACUGCCCAAUCAUACGAAUUCGAUGGUAAAUUCAGAGAAAUUCGUGCAUGAAAGACAGCCCAACGAUCAAGAGUUUUCGAGAACCACGAAUUCCGGCUCAAAAGUGAGCAAAAACUCAUUGUCCAAGGUCCGAAAAGGACCCCAACAGCUUUAUUUCAAUUCGUCUUUACGCAAAACUAUCUGUCCCCAGUGCCAAAUGUCGUAUAUUCCGCAUCUAAAAGCUGAUCAACAGUCACACAACAAGUAUCACGAAAGGGCUGUUGAGGGAAUUGAUUUGGGGCCUGGUUUCAUGAAGUUUGGAAUCUUUAUCAAAAACCAUCGAUUGAAAUCAGGUGUGGAUGGUAGAAUAGUUGAGAUUAAUCCAUCUUCUGCCAAGGAAACUGCGGUCGCAGUUGAACUGUUGAAGAUAGCGAAUACAGUACUUAAUGCACCGGAGGGUAACAAGUCUUGGCUGAGCGAUGUCAACGGAGGUAAGGUGUUCCUAUUUCUGAUAAGAAAUAAAGCCGUUGCAAUCUGCUCUACAGAGAGAGUGAAUGCUGGCCAGUGGAUGGUUUAUGAAUCUGGAAAGAUUGUACCUCAUCAGUCAGUUCCUUUAGUGAUGGGCAUUUCAAGGAUUUAUGUAAGUCACAAAUAUCGAAGACUGGGAAUUGCAAUGCACUUGCUUCGAGCAAUUGAGGACAAUAGUGUUUACGGAGUGUCACUUAAAAACACACAAAUAGGAUGGAGUCAGCCUAGUGAGUUUGGUGGCAAGCUUGCAUGCUCAUACAAUGGUGUUAGACACAAAUCUGGCAAGAUUCUGCUUCCUGUAUAUGAAGAAUAA